AUGGUGGUCCCGUCGUUGACAUCUGUCGCUGGUGUAACGGCCCUGCUUGAUGAGCAAGAUCCCAAGCUGCAGUCGUAUGCACUUCAAAAGCUCAACACGCUCGUGGACCGUUUCUGGACGGAACUCGCUGACGCAGUGGCCCGUAUUGAAGAACUGUACGAAGAUGAAUCGUUUACGGAUCGGCGGCUUGCUGCGCUAGUGGCCUCGAAAGUGUACUUUUAUUUGGGCGAGUUUGAAGAUGCCCUGAACUUUGCACUGGGUGCCGAGGCGUUGUUCGAUGUGGACCAGCGUAAUGAAUAUAUCGAGACCGUGGUAUCCAAGGCCAUUGAUCAGUAUGUGGCCCAGCGCAGCGACCCACAGGCAGGAGCUGUUGAUGAGCGCCUGACAAACAUUGUGGAUAAGAUGAUGUCGCACUGUAUUCAAAACCGUGAAUAUCGUCAGGCGCUGGGAAUUGCGCUCGAGACCCGCCGCCUGGACGUGAUUGAGCAUGUGUUUGAGCUGACGCACGACAAGGCACUGCUCACUUACGUUCUUGAGAUGGUUAUGAGUGUCAUUGCGGACCCAGAAGCACGUCGCGAUGUAUUGAACCUGCUCGUGCGUCUAUUCCAGUCGCUGGACGAGCCGGACUACUUCUCUACAGCCCAAUGCUAUGUGUACUUGAACGAGCCGCAGCUGACCGCUGAUCUGCUUCGUUCGCUUCUUCAGCGGGCUGACAAGGAGGAGAGGACGCGGCUAAUCGCGUACCAGGUGGCCUUUGACCUGGUCGACGGUGCCACACAAGAGUUUUUGCGGUACGUGCAAGCGGAUCUGUCCAAGGGCGAACAGCUCGAUAGCGCCUUUGAGACGACCGCACGCAUUCUCAGUGGCAAGGAGACGAUUCGUCUGUACCGCGAGUUCCUGCACUCGGCGAACCACGCAGACCUAAUGAUCCUUAAAGGGACGAAGGAUGCUCUCGAUGCGCACUACAGUGCUUACCACUCGGCGGUGAGCUUGUCGAAUGCGUUCAUGCACGCUGGUACUGGUAGUGACCAGUUCCUGCGCGAGAACCUCGACUGGCUGGCAAAGGCCUCCAACUGGAGCAAGUUUACGGCCACGGCCGCGCUGGGUGUAUUGCAUCGCGGCAGUCUGGAGGAGGGCCUGACAAUUCUCCGGCCGUAUCUGCCUCCCGAGAAUGGCGCUCCAUCAAGCAGUGUAUACUCGGAAGGAGGCAGUCUGUUUGCCCUGGGCCUCAUCCAUGCGAACCACGGCGCGUCUGUACUGGACCUUCUCACCCAGACACUCCGCACGAACACGGCAGAGGUUGUGCAGCAUGGUGCUGCGCUGGGUCUUGGGGCUGCCGGCAUGGCGACGGAAAACGAGGAAGUCUAUGAGGAGCUUCGUACGCUGCUGUUUUCCGACUCGGCGGUGAGCGGUGAAGCGGCCGGCUAUGCUAUGGGUCUGGUGUACCUGGGCACUGGCUCCGAGCAAGCCACUGAGGAGAUGCUCCAGUAUGCCCAAGAGACGCAGCACGAGAAGAUCAUCCGUGGCCUGGCGAUCGGCAUUGCGCUGCUGCAUUAUGGACGCGAGUCAGCAGCUGACACAGUGAUUGAGCAGUUGCUGGUGCACAAGGAUGCGACGCUACGGUACGGCGGUAUCUAUACCAUGGCGCUGGCCUACGCUGGCACAGGUCACAACAGGGCUGUGAGCCGCCUGCUGCAUAUGGCUGUGUCAGAUGGCAGCGACGACGUGCGACGUGCCUCGGUGAUUGCACUGGGCUUCCUGCUGUUCCGAACGCCCGACAACAUCCCCGAGAUGGUGCAGCUGCUGAGUGAGAGCUACAACCCCCACCUCCGCUAUGGAGCUGCGAUAGCGCUCGGCAUUGCAUGUGCGGGCACCGGUCUCGAUGCGGCGCUGGAGCUACUCGAGCCUCUGACGAAGGACACGGUCGAUUUUGUGCGCCAGGGAGCGUGCAUGGCUUUGGCCAUGGUGCUGGUCCAGUUGAACGACACCCUGCACCCACGUGCGCAGUCUGUGCGCAAGACGUUCGACCGGAUCAUCACGGAGAAGCAUGAGGAGGCCAUGGCCAAGUUUGGUGCUGCCCUCGCUCAAGGUCUCAUUGAUGCAGGUGGCCGCAACGUGACCAUUAGUCUACAGGGCCGCGGCGGCAGCACCAACACAGCGGCGGUCGUGGGUAUGGCGUUGUUCACGCAGUACUGGUACUGGUUCCCGAUGGCACACUUUGCCUCGCUGGCAUUCACUCCGACCUCCAUUGUGGGCGUGACAAGUACCCUGGAGAUGCCAGCGCUCGAGCUGGUGUCGCAUGCCCGUCCAAGCCUGUUUGCAUAUCCGCCUGCCUUGCAGGGCCCGAGCGAGAAGAAGCUGGAGAAGGUGGAGACGGCUGUCCUCAGUACGACGGCCAAGUCGCAGGCGCGGCAGCGGACGAAGGAAAAAAAGAAGGCACAGGAGACGAUGGACAUGGAUGCUGAGCCGGAGGCCGAGACUGGCGCCCCAGCCGAUGCGAAGACCACUGAAGGGACCAAGAGCUCAGACGCUCCGGGCCCCGACACUGUCGAACCAAAAGAGGAGCGCCUUCCGAAUGGUUCACGCGUGACGCCGUUCCAGCUGCGCUACGUGACGUUCCCGCCUGAUUCGCGCUACGCCCCAGUGCGCCCCAUCGCGGGCCAGGCCGUGCGUCCCGUGCAGGCCGACGCCGUGAGUGCGCGCCAGCUAGACCUGUCCGUCACAGGUGGCCGUGGCGGCAUCCUCCUGCUGGAGGAUCGAGAGCCGAAUGCACCGUUUGUGCCGGCCAAGGCGUCUGCGGAUGAUGGUGCUUCUGCCAAGUCGAUGGACCAUGAGGCGGCUGCGAAGGCCCUCGCGGAGAGUGAGGACGCCGAAGCCGACAAGGGUCCCACGGGCGUCGAUGACGCAGCGCCUGCGCCUGCGGCGGCGGGGCCGUCCGAGGAUGUGAAUAUGGACGAACAAGCACGCUAG